AGGGAACAUACUGUGAUGAGCUGAUGGCCUGUCCAGCUCUCACUGCACUGGAUAAAAUUCUGAUCUGACCAGCAGUACAAUGUCAGGAGACUUUGAGGUCGCAGACUAUGUGGUAUUGGCUCUUGUCUUGGUGGGGUCCAGUCUUAUAGGGGUUUACUACGCCUGGGCCAGUCGGCACAAAGGAAAUUCCAAGGACUUCUUAACUGGUGGGCGCUCCAUGACAGCUCUGCCUGUCUCCAUGUCCCUGACUGCCUCCUUCAUGUCGUCUAACACACUGCUGGCCAACCCAGCUGAGGUGUACCGCUAUGGAGCCAUCUUUGGAUUAUUGUUUUUUGGAUAUGUAUUGACCAUUGUGAUAACAUCCGAGAUCUUUCUGCCAGUGUUCUACAGAUUGGCUCUCACAAGUACAUAUGAGUAUCUGGAGCUGCGCUUCAACAGAGUAACCCGUCUGCUGGGAACUGUGCUCUUCAUGAUUCAAACAAUCCUCUACACUGGAAUUAUCAUCUAUGGCCCUGCACUAGCUUUAAGCCAAGUGACUGAUGUAGAUCUGUGGGGUGGAAUUUUUUCAACAGGCGCUGUCUGUAUUCUUUACUGCACAUUGGGUGGACUGAAGGCCGUGGUAUGGACUGAUGUGUUCCAGAUUGCAAUAAUGCUAGCAGGUUAUCUGUCCGUCACAAUCAUGUGUGUGAACUUACAAGGAGGAUUUGCCAACAUCAUUUCAGAUUCACAACAAGGAGGAAGAAUCAACAUGUGGGACUUUGACAUGAACCCGCAAAGGAGACACACAUUUUGGACAUUAACUAUAGGAGGGACGUGUGGCUGGGUCGCAGUCUUUGGGAUUAACCAAGCCCCGGUUCAGAGAUACGUCUCCUGCAAGAGCAUCGCUCAUGCCAGAGCAGCUCUAUACAUCAACCUGGUUGGUCUCUCUUGCUUCCUGAUGUGCUCAGUGUUUGCAGGAAUGUGUCUCUAUUCUGUCUAUAAGAACUGUGACCCAUGGACUGCGGGACUUAUCUCCACUACUGAUCAGCUGAUGCCAUAUUUGGUGGUGGACACCUUGACUGGCUCUCCUGGCCUUUCGGGACUGUUUGUCGCAGCAGUAUUGAGUGGCUCUCUGAGCACAGUGUCUUCCAGCAUCAAUGCACUGGCGGCUGUGACAAUAGAGGACCUGAUCAAACCGUACACUAACCUGUCUGAGAAACAACUGACAUGGCUGUCCAGAGCAAUGACUAUCUCAUAUGGAGUUUUGUGCAUUGCCAUGGCUGGACUGUCCUCGGUCAUGGGAGGGAUCAUGCAGGCAACUGUUACCAUCAGCGGUAUCUUAGCAGGUCCUUUACUAGGGCUCUUCACAAUGGGUAUCAUCUGUCCAUUUGCUAAUACCAAAGGAGGUUUGACAGGUGUGGUGAGUGGGUUGAUCGUGAGUGUGAGUGUGUGUGUUGUGAGCCUGAUAUCCCCUCCUCCACCUGAGAUGACCCGACCUUUGCCACUGACCACUGAUGGAUGUAACUUCACCACCACAGGAAGCCUGAACUGGACCUCCCCCACUGCGCCAACAGAACCAAGCACCAUCACCACCACGGCCCCAGUGCAGAUCACUGAUGGCAUUCAUCUACACUCUGUUUCCUACCUUUAUUUUUGUCUCAUUGGAACUGUAACAGCUAUCAUUGUCGGGCUGAUAGCAAGCCUCUUUACAGGAGGCUGGAAGGAGAGGGUAGAUUCAAGGCUCAUGUUGAUGAAAGAAGACACAAUUCUGUAUCACACAUUCACAUUUUGUAGAGACAGAGUCAUGAGGCGGACAGGAAAGCUCGACUUAAUUAUGAACGGAAAUGAGAAAUCUGGCGACACAAAUCCUGCUUUCAGUGACACAGAGAUGUAUUAAUCAAAAACUACCAUUCUCACAUGAAAGGCAACAUGUUUUCUAAAUUCAUUUUUUGAGGUUCAUGUGAGAUUAAAGGAUUGCUCUCACCUCCACUUGCACAUAUCCACUGAUAUUCUUGUUUUUCUGCUGUGACAACACAGAGGAACUGACACAUUUGUGUGUAUACAGCUUUUUCUGAACUCAUAUUACUUGUGGCUUACCGAGCCUAUAACAUUGCACUGUAACUUUAACUGUUGUAUUUGUUAUUUUCUGCAUUGUAAUAUACUAAUUAGGGUGGUGUUGAAAUUUGAUUGUCCACAUUCCCGAUGUCGUCCCACAUUUUAUUUUGAAUAGAUAAAAAAUAAAUUUCCAAGAGAUACACACCGACGUAUGCAUGUUAAAACACAAUUGGGGCAAAACGUUUUGUGGAUCCCCACUUUUGAAUUUAUAUCUUGUUAAAUUUCCUGAACCAUGUUAAUCAGCAUGACAAAAACAUAGCCAAUAAACAUUUAUU